CGACGCACCAACUGUGUGUUCCGGUAGGACUGCAUUAGUAGAAGGACUGAUGUACCGUCCUGUUUUCAGAGUGCUAGUAGCUGCUAGCGGUGCCCGGUAGAUGACAGACUCACAAAACAGUCGUGGACAGGCUGGUUGUGUUCGUGGAGAUUUGUGGUCACUACAAGCUAGCUACAGAUGGUGUGUCAUUUCACAGGAUGUCCAGGAGACGUUUGAUUUAUUUGGUAAGGUAGCUAAUAGGUAGGAAGUCACAUUAGCAGGCAUAUUAGCUUCAGUUCCCACGUGGAUGAUAUACGGUUAGGCGUUGCCAAGCCGGUGCGACCUUUUCCGUCUACUCGUAAGCAUAGGAAUCCCAUGUUCAGACGUGUAUCAUUUCUAAAAGUUCCUGUUCUGAACUUCAUACGGUGUCCAGGCGGCGGCGCUGUGGUAACGAAGUGUGAUCUUAAACCACUCGCGGCUUUUUGCACCAGCUCAGCGAUGGCCAAGAGCAAGUUUGAGUAUGUGCGCAAUUUUGAGACGGAUGACACGUGUCUGCGGAACUGCUACAUCGUCGUGCGUUUAGACGGACGCAACUUUCACAAGUUUGCUGAGAUGCACAACUUUGCGAAGCCCAACGACGACCGCGCGCUGGGCCUGAUGACGCGGAGCGCGCGCUCGGUCAUGGAGGACCUGGACGACAUCGUCAUCGCCUACGGACAGAGUGACGAGUACAGCUUCGUCUUCAAGAGGUCUUCCAACUGGUUCAAGCGAAGAGCCAGUAAGCUGAUGACCCACGUGGCGUCCCAGUUCUCCUCCAGUUACGUUUUCUUCUGGAAGGAGCAUUUCGGGGAGCAGCCUCUGCUCUACCCGCCCGGGUUCGACGGCAGGGUCAUCCUGUAUCCCAGCAACCAGAAUCUGAGGGACUACCUGAGCUGGAGGCAAGCGGACUGUCAUAUUAAUAACCUGUACAACACCGUGUUCUGGAGUCUGGUGCAGAGGGGCGGGCUCUCCACCGUUCAGGCAGAGGACAGGUUAAAGGGCACCCUAGCAGCUGACAAAAACGAGAUCUUGUUUUCGGAGUUCAACAUAAAUUACAACAACGAACCCCUGAUUCACAGGAAAGGCACAUCCCUCAUUUGGGAAAAGGUGGAUGAAACGACUACCAAACAGAUCAGGGUGUCGAAUGAAGACAAGGAGGUGGCGGUGACCAGGAGUCGCAAACGAGUCUCCGCCCACCACUGUGACAUCAUCGGGGACCAGUUCUGGACGGAACACCCGGAAAUACUGGAGAGUGAUGGCUGCUAGAUAAACCCAGCUAAACGUGGCCUGAUUGGCUGCUUAACUGCGGGGCGGGGCACGGGGGAGGUGCAGGGCCAGACGUGGGUGGAGAUAUUUCUCUCUUAAUUCCCACUGGACCAAAAUAUGAUUUUAAUAUAUCCCUGAAGGAUUAUAGCCUACUGCGCAGUUUAGUGACUUUAUAGAAAUAAGAAGCAAGCUGGACCAGUCUGAGAAACUUUCCAUGUUUUUGGACUCAUAUAAAACAUAUAUUUAUUCCCUUAUUGCUGACAAAAUCAUCUUCAGUGGGAAUUUCAUCAUUGCAUUAUCUUUAAUAAAAGUUCAGGAUUUCAGCUGCUGUUUCAGCAGACUGUGGUCUGCAGUACCAAACGCCUGAUUUUCCCAAAUAA